AUGUCAAAUACCCAUCCGCCGUCGCCUCCGCUGUCAAUAGACGGAGAAUUAUCCCGCACCAUCGGUGUCUGUUCAAUCCAGCAAGCUGGGUUGCCAUUCCUCCAAAACAGAUUGCAAGUUGACAGCCUAUACACGCAAAUGACGCCAUCUCCAACUUUGCAGUAUACCCGUAUUGAGGUUGACCCUCAUCGAGAACCAAUAAUUGCUGGUGAUUAUGGAGUUCUAGGCCCGUAUAGAAACGGAGAUGAGGUUGUUUAUCCCCAAACGGCACCUUUGCGCACACCGGAAUCACCCUUGGUUCGCCGAACCGAACUGUUUCGCGUCCUGCCUCUGGCCGCACUAACAAGACGCGCGUGCGGAGGAUCUGAAUUGACAAAGGGGAUGCGAAUCCCGGUGCGAAAUAUGGAGCUCCAUGUGAUGCGAUCCACAGAACAACGCCAAAAGGAGGUGGAGAAGAAAAAUGGCAAGAUCGCACGGCCGAUGAAUUCAUUUAUGUUGUAUCGCUCAGCAUAUGCGGAAGCAACAAAGGAAUGGUGUGCUCAGAACAAUCAUCAGGUAGUCUCGCGAGUAGCUGGUUUGAGUUGGCCGAAGGAGCCCAAGGAAGUAAGAGACUACUACGAGCGACUGGCCAACAUUGAACGAGACAACCAUGAUAAAGCCCACCCGAAUUACAAGUUCGCUCCAAACAAAAGUGCGAACACCCCCAAGAAGAAAAAGGCAUUGACCAUGAAGGAAGAAGAGCAUAGCGAUGUCAGUGACCAUGGUAUCACAAUGGCUCCAUCGUAUCAAAAUCCAGUGAGACAUGUGUCUGGCGCUUCAUUCCAAGAUGGCAGCUUCCGAAGCCGCACUCCCACUCCCAUUGAUCGCGACAGCUCAUACGACAGCCGUCAGGGAACGCCAUUCGAACAAAUUGGGGAUGUGUAUCUGAACGGUGACAUGAACCGAUCAUCAUGGCAAAUGUCGAACCCUGGCAGGCCGCAUCCUGGCAUGUUCUCUCCUCCCGAACAACAACAUUAUUAUCAACCAUCCAUCCACCAAAGCACCCUAGGCCCUAAUAUCGAAGACGUGACCUUCAAAAAGAUGGGCGUUCCAGGCAUGCAGUAUGACGGACCAGUAGCUUUAGCCGGUCUUCCAGGCAACGCACACCCAGACUUGCUCCAACAGCAGCCGCUCCCACAAUCAAGGACACCAGUCUCGCUCAACGUGUUACAAGUCGAUCCCCAACUUUUCGAAUUCGAUGGUCAACCUAAUCUGUCCUCCAGCGAUGGAACCAGCUACGAGGGUCCGAUCGACAUGUGGCAAAUGCCUAACGUAGAGCAACAAUUUGCCCGGAGUGGCCUUCCUAGCCAGGAAGACGAACGAUAUAUUUCACAAUCCGGUUUCCAUCCCGGUCUACAACAACCCAUGGAUAGGCGAGAGGUGUGGAAUGAAAACCAAGUUGAUGCUGGCGGACAAUUUGAAGACUGGAUCAGUACUGGUCCUCCAUUUGAGUACGGUAACAGCCAGCAAAAGCAUCUUUGA